AUGUCAAAAUUCAAACUGCCUUCAUUCAGUUGGUCCCCAAAGAAAGAAGCAGUUGUUCUGCCUGAAACAGAGAAAUAUGUGGAGGAACCCACUGCCCUUGCUUUAUCUGGAGACAAAGAAUCUGAAUUAAUGCUAUCUAUCCCUGAGAAUCAGUAUCACAGUGUUGAACUGGAUACAUCAACAGAAAAAGAUGGGGAAAAGGGAAAAAUGAAAAAGUCCCAAUUUAUCAUGCCUAAGAUCUCCCUCCUUAAAGUGAAAGGUCAAAAAGUCCAUGUCUCUCUGCCUAAGCUAGAAACUGACUUUUUUGGUACCAAAGAAGGAGGUGUUUCUGUGCAGAAGUCCGCGCAAGGGAGCAGUGGAGAUGGGGUAGGAAUGGGCAUAAAUAUGCCAAAAGGUAGAAUCCCAACUUCAGAAUUUUCCAAACCAGAAGUUGAAGUUCCCAAAGCAGACAUGGAUGUUAGCAUGUCUCCAGGUGAGGUUAUACCUUCUACAUGUGAAGUCAAUCUUCAACAUGUUGAUCUGACAUUGAAACCAGUUGUUGCUGAUGACAAUCAUCUCUCCAGCUCAGAGAUUAAGAUGACAACAACUGAAGGCUCCCUUGAGCUGAAGAGUCCUGAGACAACUGUUGAAAGAACAUCACAUGAAAUUGUUGUGGAUACUGUAGAAAUAAAACAUGAAGGUCCUGAAGGAAAAACUAAAAUGUAUACAUUCCAAAUGCCAAAGUCUGGAAUUACAUAUUUGAAAGGAAAAGUGCCAGAAAAGGAGGUCAUACAAUCCAAAUCAGACAUCAGUGUUCCCCAGUUAAAAGCCAUGAUAGAAAUUGCUGACAUUGCUGUUGAAGCAAAAAAUUUGGAAGUGGAACCUGCUGCAGAAAGAGAAAAUUUCAGUUCUAAAGCUCAAAUGCCUGAAGCGGACAAUAGCACAUCAAAGAUUGAUGUCUACGUCCCAUCAGGUGACAUUUCUUUCCCCAAAACAGGCAGUGAUAUUCAGGAUUCAGAUACAGCAUCAAAAGUUAAAGGAGAAAUAAAGCAUGGUGAUGUAGAUGGAGAAGAGAAAGAAGGACAUUUCAAAAUGCCAAAAUUCAAACUUCCAUCCUUUAGUAGGUCACCAAAAAAGGAAGCAUGUAUUAAGUCAGAUUCUGGAGCACAUCUGGAAGAUCAUCAACUUCCUGCAGUGUCAGGCAGAAUAGACACAGAAGUGACAGGAACUGCAACUGAUGAUCAAGGUCCUACUACAGCCCUUGAUCUGGAAAUUUCUGCAGGAAAAGGUGAACAAAAAAGUCUAGUUAAAAAGGCGCAAUUUGUUAUGCCUAAAAUUUCACUCUCCAAAAUCAAGAUUCCCAAAUCUCAGGUGAAUUUACCAAAAGUUGAAGCUGAUGCUACUAUUCCUAAAGUAGAAGGAGAUGGUGAUGAUUCCAUACAGAUACUUGAUAUAGAAAGAUGUUAUUCCAAAAGCACAGAAGAGGGGGCUCAAGUAAGAGUAAAAAUCGAAGCCUCCCAAAGGGACUUGGGUGUCAGCUUGGCAAAAACUGAUGCUGCUCUGCCUUCCUCAGAGGGCAGUCUUCAAGAGGUUGUCCUAAAAUCAAGUUCUGCUAAGGAAGUUACCAGUCAAAAAACAGGGAUUAAGUUUCCCAAAGGAGAAGUCUCAAUUGAACUGAAGAGUCCUGAAACAGGAAGUGAAGGAUCAUCAAUUGUGGAUGAAAGAAAAAUGAAACCGGAAGGUGCUGAAGGGAAAAUUAAAAUUCCCAAAAUCCAGAAGCCAAAAUUUGGAAUCUCUCUUAAAAAAGUGAAGGGGACAGAGCCUGAGAUCAGCUCUCCAAAAGCAGAAGCUGAGCUACCCCAGCUACAAAUGACAACCGAAAUUGCUGACAUGGAUCUGGGUGUUCCUGCGUCAGAAUUUGAAUCUGAUAUUUCAGAUCCUGGAAUCCAGGUUUAUGCUGGGGGGAUCAUAACACCCCAGAUUCUGACAGCUGGUACUGAAACUCCCAAGGUAGACAUUAAUCUCCAGGCAAUGACUGUAGCAGCAACAGAGGGAGCUAAUGAGAAUCCUGAGGAGAAGGAUAUAAAAUUAAAAGAUCAAGAAAUAAAAGCUCAAGCAAUUCAGACUGAAGAACAUCAGGGAUGGUUUAAAAUGCCAAAAUUCAGAAUACCUUCAUUUGGCCGGACAUCCUUAAAGGAAAAAAAAGGUGAUGCUGAUGUUGAAGGAAGUCUGGAAAAGCCUCAGGUAGGUAUUUCCUUUACCAAAAUACAAACUGAAAUAAAUAUCCCUGAAAAUACUUUAUCUUUGCCACAUGCAGCCACUGAAAUAACUGCUGGAAAAGAAGACCUCCUAAAAUUAGGAGAGUAUGUGAAGAGUUCUGAUGUUAGCUUGUCAAAGAUGGAAGGAAAUAUUUCAUUAUCUGCAGAAAGAACAGAUGGUAAAGUUGAUAUUCCAAAAACAGAAAUUUAUGCAGAUGUAGUUAAGCACCGCACUGAAGGACAAAAAAUACCUACUUUGGAAUUCAAAGUAUCUUCAGAAGAAUUGUCUAAAACAGAAAUAAGUGCUUUAAAAAUUGACAAAGACAGCCCAAAUAAAUUUCCUACAUAUGAUCUGACUCUUCAAGAGCACCAAGUCAAAGCACAGGAUAUAGAAAUCCCCAAAGUAGAAAGUUCCAUUGAAUUUGAGACUUCAAAAGUAGAAUUUAAAUCUUCAUCACCUGAACUGAAUCUGGAUGCAAAACGGGAGAAAAUAGAUGCUAGUCUUCCAAAGGCAGAUCUGGUCAUCCAAGGUCAAGAUGCAUCAAUUAAGACAGGAAAGAUAAAAGAUGAGAUUAAAAUCAUAGGAAAAGAUGGUCAGGAAAACCAAUUGAAAAAGUCUGUGCGUGAAAUGUCUACAACAAAGGAGUCAGAGGAUGAUGAUUAUGUUGCAACUAGGCUGGAAGAUAUGAACUUAGAAGUUCCAGGAGUGCAAAUGGAUGUUAAAAUUGACAAAGUAGAUCCUGAAAUAGAAUUUCAAGUGGAAAGUGUUGAAAAGGAUAUGUCUGCAGGAGUGCAAGUGCAAGUAGAAGACAGAGAAGAAACAAGUAAAAUUAAAACAUACAAGUUUAAGUUUCCAAAGUUUGGAGUGUUGCAUUCAAAAGUCAAGGGUUCUGAAGAUGAUUUGCCUAAGUCAGAAGCUGUUUCAGUGCCUAAAACUGAAAUGGGCACAGCAGAAAUCCAGUUUCAAAAAUCAGACAUAUCUUUUGACCUAAGAAGUGAUAUUACAGAACCAUCUGCCAGAAUGACAGUGGGCACUGUGGACAAAUCAGAAGAUGACUUAGAAGUAAAUAUAAAAAUUCCAAAAUUAAAAAUACCGAGAUUCACAUUCAAAACUUUCCCAAAUGAAGCUUAUGUUUCAGUGUCAAAAUUGAUAACAGAUCCUAAAAUAACAAGUAGUGACAUUGAAGUAGUGCAAGUGGAAGCAAGCUCUACAACCCCUGAAACACCAGAGGCUCUAGAAGGUGGUAUUCAAAAGGCAAAAAGCAAAAUUCUGAUGCUGUCUGAACCUGACAUUAAAACAGCACAGAUGAGUGCUACCAUAGACUCCUCUGUUAAUGUAGGGCAAGGUAUUCAUUGGUCAUAUUUAGCCGGACAAGAAAUACAUGAGAAAGUGGAACCUGAACAUGUUGCUAUUGAGAGGUGUGAGAUUUACUCUACUCAGAUACUGAAAGAAUCAGAGAUUCUCUCGUCAGAAGUUAAAACUGCUACUUUGGGAUUCUCUUUGCUCAAGGUGAAGCUGCCUGAAUCACACAGUAACUUAGAUGUGCUAGUUCAGCAAUCUUCUGCAGAAUAUAAAACUGAUGUAUCAGUGGGCAAAUCUGAUGAAAGUGUGGGAGCACCAGCGCAGAGGACGGGCAGUGAAGAAGUUAAAAUAUCUGAAAAAACACACAUUGAGACUGAGGAAUGUAGUGGAUCAGUAUCUGUUGGUGUUGGCUUACCAAAGUUAGAAACAUUUGCUGUUGAAGUUAAACCUUCCAGUAAACCAGAAGACAGUCAUCCUGAUAAGUCAUCGGAGAGAAAAACUGUAGCUCCUCUCUCUAAAGAUGAUGAUGUAGCUGAAGCACUAGAUGACGAGGAAAAUGGCAUAAUUGAUCAAAAAGAAAAGACUGAUAGUAAAAGAUCUCCUGGAAGAUUCAAAUUUUGGCUUCCCAAUAUUGGCUUUUCAUCUUCUAGUGAUGAAACAAGCUCAGAUUUAAAAACAGAAGUGAAAAAAACAGUUCCAGAAGACACGAAACCCACUAACACAUUAGAAAGCGAUUAUUCUAAGCAAACUGAAAAAACUGGAUGGUUUAGAUUUCCCAAGCUUGGUUUCACAUCUCCUUCCAAAAAGGCAAAGACAGUUGAUAAAGAGGAGGAGACAGGACAUAAAGAUAGAAGAAGCUCAGAUGAAGAUAGUCCAUCAGAUAAACCCGACAUAUUUUUUGAUGCACAAGAAAGCUUAUCACCUAAAGAAACAAUAACAGAGAGUGAAAAAAAUGAAAUUAUUGGGACUUCAUCUAAUGUUCCUGUUUCUCGAAAUAUCGUUACAUCUUCAGCAAGAACUGAAUUAAUCUUGCUGGAGGAAGAAAAAGGUAGUCAAACAAAUAUUGCUGGAGAUGUAACCAAAUGA